CUCUCUCUCUCUCCAGCAAAAACAACUCCUCCUCGAAUCUCCUUUCACUGCACAGCUUUGGGGUCCUGAAAACUAAAGGAGGACCCAUUCAUCCUCACUCAUCAUAUUAAAAACUGACCUAUAGUCCUGCACUGCACAGAUAGAGAGAGAGAGAGAGAGAGAGAGAGAGAGAGAGAGAGACUAAUAAUAAUAAUAAUAUCUCUCUAUCUAAUUUUUAGACAUAUGUAGAGAAGAGAAGAGAAGAGCAGAGAAGAGAAGAGCAGAGCAUGUCUAUUUAUCCAUGGAUUCGCUUGUUGUGGUAGAAUUUCCAAGUGUCCUUUUCUUGGGGAUUUUCUCUCUUUUGCAGGUUGGGGUUACGUUGGUAAUGUGAUGUGCUAAGUGGGUUUUUUUUCUUUGAUAAUUCUACAAUGGAUUCGUCUUUUGAGGACACAGGAAGUGCUCUUGAUCCGUCAAAAUGCAGUAAGUUAAGUAUGAAUGAAAAGAGAGAACUUGUCUAUCGAUUGUCAAAGCAGCCAGGUGCAUCUGAAAGACUCCAGUCAUGGAGCCGUCAGGAGAUUCUGCAGAUCCUAUGUGCAGAGAUGGGAAAAGAAAGAAAAUAUACAGGCUUGACAAAGUUGAAAAUCAUAGAGCACCUUUUAAAAAUUGUAUCUGAAAAAAAAUCUGGGGAAUGUGAGGCCUCACCUGACCUCGAGACCAAAAUAUCUGCUGCAUCCAUUCAGGGAGUUUCCAAAAGGCAGAGGAAAACUGAUAACCCCUCUCGGGUACCUGUUUCAUUGAGCUGUGUUGCAACCAACAAUGGGACCAGUGAUCAAGGCAAUGCUGUAUACUGCAAAAACUCAGCAUGUAGAGCUACCUUAAGACCAGCAGACACAUUUUGCAAGCGGUGUUCAUGUUGUAUCUGUCGUCAGUAUGAUGACAACAAAGAUCCCAGCCUGUGGUUAAUUUGCAGCUCAGAGCCUCCUUUUCAAGGUGUUGCCUGUAGCAUGUCAUGCCAUCUUGAUUGUGCCUUAAAACAGGAAAGUUCUGGAAUAGGGAAAAAUGGACGUCAUGGUAGACUUGAUGGGAGCUUUCGCUGUUUUUCUUGUGGGAAAGUUAACGAUUUGCUAGGAUGCUGGAGAAAACAAUUGAUGAUGGCUAAAGAUACCAGGAGGGUGGACAUUCUUUGCUAUCGUGUGUCCUUGAGUCAGAAACUUCUGAAUGGGACUGAAAAGUAUCAGAAGCUUCUUGAGAUUGUUGAUGUAGCUGCAACGAAACUUGAGGCUGAAGUGGGUCCUUUAAUCGGUUUACCUGUAAAGAUGGGUAGAGGUAUUGUUAACAGGCUUUCUUCAGGAUCAGAGGUUCAGAAACUCUGCGCUUUUGCUUUGGAGUCACUGGACAAAAUGCUUUCAAACACCAUUUCACAUCCAUUGCCUGAUCCGAAGAUGCAAGAUUCAAACAUGAUUGCUCCAAUCACAGUUAACUUUGAAGAUGUACAUUCGACUUCCCUUGCCUUGGUUUUGGGUUAUGAAGAUUCUUCGGCUGAUGAUAUUGUUGGUUAUACUUUGUGGCAUCGUAAAGGUCAUGAUCUGGAUUAUCCAGCAGAACCUACUUGCAGACUGUUCUUGCCAAAUACAAGAUAUGUUGUCAUGGGUCUAUCUCCAGCCACAGAGUAUCAUUUUAAAGUUGUUCCGUUCAAUGGUGUAAGAGAAUUGGGUACCUGUGAAGUUCAGUGCUCAACCGGAAUGACUCAGGAAGAAGUCCUAAACUAUUCAAUAGUAGAAAGAAGUCAAAGCCCAAAUACCAAUUGUAGCAGCCUCUCUAAUCCGUCUUCUGUGGAGGAUGAAACAAAUAACAAUCCACCAUGCAAUGAUCAGAUUGUCAAUCGAGCAGACAAUUAUCGUACUUGUUUGAAGGACAGUGAUAAAAUUGUUUCUACCAACAAGUCCAAUGGUGCUUUAAAUUUCUCUGGCACCCUUGCAGAUGCAAUUCCCUUGCUAGAUGAGGAACAUGCCACACAGGUGGUAAGCUCCAAGCUCAAUUCUGAUAUGCAAAUGCUUGAUAAGAAGCGCUUGAUAGAGGGUCAAAUCAUUGAGUUAAUUACCGAUAAUGGGUCAGAUGCCCCUGUCCAGACUGCCAUGGAAUGCAUGCCAUUUGUGAGCAACUCUGAAGCUAGCUUGCCCAUUACUCCCUGCAAACUGGAAAUGCACAAGGAUGGGCAAGGAAGAAAUGGAAGAUUUAAAUCCAGUGACAAAGACAUAGUAAAUGGGUCUGGAAAAGGAGAGGAGCCCCAAGAUGGCUGCACUUCAAAGAAGAGAAGUGGGGAAAGGCGAGACGAGGAGUGCAUGGCAAAUGGUAAUUCAGAUAGGGACUUUGAGUAUUACGUGAAGAUAAUCAGAUGGUUAGAGUGUGAGGGACAUAUCGAGAAGAAUUUCCGGCAGAAAUUCUUGACUUGGUAUGGCUUUAGGGCGACAGAGCAAGAGGUAAGGGUUGUGAAGACAUUCGUUGAUACCUUUAUUGAAGAUCCUGCUUCUCUAGCAGAACAAAUCGUGGACACCUUUUCGGAAUGUAUUUCCAGCAGGAGAUCAUCAGUUGUGCCAUCUGGGUUCUGCAUGAAGCUCUGGCAUUGACAAAUCCUAUUAUGGUUACUUUGACUAGAUCAAAUUAAAUAGCCCUUGUGCACAAACCCGCCAAGGGACUGUGUGGCAGUAAUUCUUUAAUUAGAUCCUAUUAAAAUUCUUCAUUCAGACUAUCAUCAUUCACAUGUAUUAUCAGUAUUUGUCAUUCUUAUGUUGCAAGAAUGUCUGGAUUCGUUUACUUUUAUAAUACAGCAUCCAUCUCAUUCAAUA